GUGCUGCUUCCUUCGGCAGCCUCCUCUGGCUCUACGACCAGGAGCGACCCCGCUGGACGAGCACUUCAUGCUCCAGGCGGUUGAAAGUGGGAACCUUCACAUGUCUCCCUGGCUGGCUCCUGGACGUCAAGGCUGCACCUGGCAUAGCAGGAGGCCGAAGCAGGGCGGCAGCUGCUGCCUGCAUGGAGGAGCUCUUUGGAUCCUUGCCGCCCAGCGCUGAUCUUCGGCAGUGCACCAGGCCUCCCUUGGCGCAGAUCACCACCCUGGAAACGAACCGCUUUCCGCUUGUUCCUCUUCUCAUGCAAAGUUGA